AUUGUAUUGCAUGCCUGGUAAUACUUUUAUACAGACUUUACCAAUUAACUAGUAUAGGACUAUUGAUUUGUGACUAGGAAGUAGCAUCUAGAAAAUGAAAGUAUUCUGUGAAUCCCGUCUUGCAAAGUUCAAACUCCUCCCAGAUUCGAUUUCAUAAUAUAAACAGCAGGCAGGCAGGCAGCAUGGAUCCAAACACUCAGCACCCUGAGCACUUCAGCGCUGAAAGUAUACGCAGUAUACAUCGUUUAGAAAAUGGAUCUGAGGAGCUUGUGGAAAUGCAUUGUUGUGAUGGUAGCCGUGAGUCGGAGUUCUUCUCUGGGAUGCAAGUGGAUUCAACACAGGUACAAAGACGUGAGCCGGGACAGCCUGCAAAUGAUAACACACAUGGGUAAAGAGUUCGUGAUAAACGAAGAACAUGUGGAGAACAUCCCCUCCCCAGGUAGUGUUUACAUCUCAAAUUCACAGGUGAGCAAUAUUUCCAUUAUAUACCAAGUGCUUCAUCAUAUCAGCAAGCUGUAUAAUGGAAAUAUGGACUCUGUGAGAUGGGACCGAGAAAAGCUGGACAAGUUUCAAAGCAAUAUCCAUACUCAGAGUGCUCAUCUUAAGCAAUGUAUGGAUAAAGAGACAAUGGACAGCUCAGGAGAUCAUCGGAAAGAGAACCAGAGAAUUAUUCAUUAUUUUAAGAAACUGGAAAACUAUUUGAAACGAAAGGGAAACAGUGCUCAUGCCUGGGAGAUUAUCAGAACACAAGUUUGGAAACAUUUACAACGUCUUGACCUGAUCACAGCUUCCUUGAGGAGACAAAGGAGCACUUCACCCAUUUAAAAACAGUGCCUUCCCCUGUAAAAUCUAUCUGUGGUACAUUUUAAAAUACUAACGCAAUCCUAAUUUAUUAAGGGAGUUCGACAGUGUUCUUUGUAGUUAUAUAAAGUGGAUGCACUAUUCGUUAUUUUUGUUAGACUGCUAUUUAUGAAAAAAAAACAC